UUGCAGGAUUCUACAGGUACACCGCAUCAAAGCGAAACUCCUACAGCUUCACAGUCCAAUGCGCAGCUUCAUCGGGGUACCAUCCCCAUCUACCGACGGGGUUACGGAGCAGUACGUUCUCGCGGCGUCACGCCUCGUCCUUUAGUGUGGGAGGAUGGUCGUCUGCGACAGAUCGAGGUACCCGAGCACUCGCAUAACAAUCUACCCUUCCCUGGUGCAGUGGUAGGUCGUGGUGGCAUCUUUCCACCUUCAUCUCUUCCUCCUCUCUCCUCUUCUGUUUCUCCUGCUACUGGUGGAGAGGGUACUGAGGGUGGUAUGGAGAUUCGAUCUUCCUUACUCCGGGGUCGAGGACGCACUAGACGCACUAGUCGGCAGCGUGGUCGUGGAAAGAGUUCCACUCCCCUUUCCUCUUCUCGUCCCUCUUGGCAGCGGGAAGGUGGUACACCCGCUUUCAGAAUGCCUGAGAUUAACGCAGUAUGGUUUCCGGACCUGCCGUCUCCACGAAAAAGACCUGUUCUCCCAACUGAUCCUUCUCUCCCACCGUUUAGUCUCUCAGCAGAAGACCCUAUUCCUCCGAACAGCGUUUUGUUUCCCGCUUUGGAAAGUGACCAGGCAAACGGUAAUGCUAGCGGGCCUCUAUCAAAGAAGAUGAAAAGUAGUGGUGUUGAUGACUUGGACAUUGAAACAUUGAAGUCGUAUCGUAGAUUAAAUGGAUACACGCUGUUCACUUUGGCGAUGAAAAAGAAGUACGGCGUGAGCAACGACGAUGGAGGACAAGAUCAGAAGUCACAGAAUCGACGUUGGCAGGCGCUAUGGUCGACUCUUCCAGAGCGUGAUCGUCAGCAGUGGCGAGUACGGGCGCGGCGAAUGCAGAAAGCUGUGGAGGCGGCACCAGAGAAGAAUCUCGCAGCGGAAGCAAAACGCGUCAAUGAGCUGCGUCGUGCGGAAACCCAACUGACCCGCUCUGAGACGUCUAAGUACUCCCUAAUGGACUUGGCUGCACAUUUCCAACUCCUCUCCGACGUCUUUGCCAGCGCAGCAGAUCUCAUGGGGGAGUAUCGGGGUCCUGUUUUACUGGAGGAGGUCACUUCGGCGCUCCUUGACGCUCUUCUGACUUGUCUCAUCCCUCUUAUCGCCAUUGCGAGCGAAGUUGAGUCUCUGGCCGGUGCACCGGAUAAGGCAACCGUCUGUUCUGGUCUCUCCUCCCUUGCCCAUAUUUUUCCUAACUUUUGA